UCGGUAAAUUUAUAUAUUUUGGUGGAAAAAGUUUCUUGUAUAAUUUAAAGAAUCAUUAUUAACAGAGCGAUGAGUGCAACGUUUCUCGAGCACCUUCCUCGAGUGACGAUGGUUCGUCUUCGCAAAUGAUAAACGUUCACACCGAACCGGAGGGGCCGCAGCCAUACCGACGAGGGACGACGUCGGCCAUGUCGACCCUGAGGAAACGAGCAAACGCGUUGCGAGCCGAAAACGAACGUCUGAAACACGAGAUACAGGUCAUGCAAAUCAAGUCACAAGAUUCAAGGCAUCAGAAAAUAUCAAGAGACUGUGAACAACUUUUAGAUGAUGAUCAUAGAAUUUUGAACAAAGAAUUUAAUAUGUUAAGAAAGGAGAGCGUAAACAUAUUUCUAAGUUGCGAAGGGGAUCUUGACGUUGCCAAUCGUACUCAAGCAUACUUGGAAAAAGUCACAAAAAAAUUUCACUGUCAAUUAUCACUUAUUAAUUCGAUGGACUGCACGCAGCAGCACAAAACACUGUUAUUAGAACAUUUAAAAAAAUUAUUCAUUCGAAACGUUUGUCAAAUGGAUAAAUGGAUUAGCUUGGUAAUUGAAGCAAAGUGAGUAUAUACGUCUCCGAGCACAGCCCGUUUCGCCCAGAUGCCCGAUUCGACCAAAGCCAUUUUAGUCGUUUACAAAUUAAGU